AUGAUAUCAACCAAAAAGAUACUAGAGGGGUGUCUUCUCGCAAUUUCCAGAGAUGUGACUGAGAAAUGGAGCUUAUAUCUUGAAGGAGCCGAGUUUGUGGAAGAUGAGAACACUCUAGUGCCCAAAUCUGUUUAUUCCAAAUUGGAAUACAACGAGCAUCUUAUUCCGUUAUACAAAUUAGCUGGAAAGUUUAAUGUUGAUCUUCGAGCUGGGGUUGCCUCUACCUCUGUUGUUAGCAGACAGAGGAAAUUGAACAGGACGCUCGAUGACUUUCCUGAGUGGAUUAACAGGCUUUCCUUGCUACGUGAAGAGGAAUCAAACCAGCAAGAAGACUGGGUGAUUUACAUUUAUGGGAAAGUGAAGCACACGACUUUAGUGAUACGUGAUAAGAAGUAUGUUCGUAUCGCCUCUAGGAAUGUUGUUGUUGGUGAUAUAAUAUAUGCAGGAGCUGGAGACAUUAUAGCAGCAGACGUACGCGUGAUUGUGUGUUCCAAGGGGGCAAAAGCUGACUUGACUAAUGUUGUGUCUCAACCCAGUUUUGUAAAAGAAUUAGGAGAGAAUUCAUCCGACAUCGAUCCUCUCAAGAGUGCGAAUGUCGUUCCUGCGCGAAGUAUGCUGAUCGAGGGACAACUCUUUGGAAUCGUUAUGCGAGUGGAUUCAGACACGAUCACUUAUUCUCACGGAGAUUUCAACAAUUCUCCCAGGUGUACUGAGUCUCCUCGAAGAUCCGAAUGGAAAAACGUUAUAAGGGAAGCGUGCUCUCUUCAGCUGUAUCCUUUGUGCUUAAAUCAUCUUCUGGAGCUGAAGUCGAUCGAUACGUUAGUGUUAGCUCUUCCUUUCGAUGUGUCUGAUCUGACCAAAUCCGUGAUACGCAAUCUCCAUCAGUAUGUGAAUCAUGUGAUCAUUUGCCGAGAGAUGGAUGUUAUGUAUGAUUCUUCGCUAUGGUCCCCUCUCGAGGGCAAUCUCAAUUUGUGUCAGUGGGAUGAUUCGAAGGUCACGGAGUGGGUUCGCAACUUCGUAAAAGAAAAGUCUGCUACUGCAGGACUCAUUGCUUUACCGCAACAGUUCGAUACUCUCUGUCGUGCUCUUUCACCCCAAUCUUUUGCAUUCGUUGGCGGGACUUCCAUUGAACAUCUUCAAGUGAUAAAUAUUGCUACGACUAGCAUAUCCUUAAACUAAACUAAAAAAGAGGAAUUGGAGGAGGAGGACAAUAGAGGAAAGAGAUGGACUUAACACCACAUUUGUUUCAGCUCUGGAAAGGAUAUGUGUAAAAUACAGUCGGAUGGUAUUUUGUUAUCCUCUUCAAUAUGGGCGCUCGUUGACAUUUUGAGUCUCUUCGCAGCUCCUUCUGACCUAACCUCCUGCUGUAUAAUAU